AUGAUUAGAAACAGCGACGGCAACAGCAACAGCAAUAGCAAAUCCCAGAGCAGUAAUGGGUCUGAUGGCACUUGGAAAGAGUCGCAAGUGCCUCAACUACAUACAGAAUUUGCCACCUUUAGUUUAAACAAAACUUGUUCAGACAAAGAUAUGCAAAAGAUUAUUACAUCCCUACAGACUAAAUAUGGCAACAAGAUAGACACAAGGUUCGUAUCCAAUCAUCUAACAAUAAGCAGAAAUGACAACGAUAUUGGAACUGACAAUAAGAAUACCAACAUCGAUAACAAUUCACUGCCAGCGCGCCAUUUAAAUGAACUUUGGAUACUAGACGAUCUCGCCCAACUCGGCUUCUCCAAAGUAAAGAUUGAAUCCUCAAACAUUCCUGAAGUCCAAUCACACGUGAACAUCCAAGGGAUGACAUGUGGUGCAUGCUCGGCCACUAUUACUGAGAAAUUGGAAAGCGAGUCAGGAAUCAGCAAGGCAUCGAUAUCGUUGGUUACUGAGGUGGGACUCGUUACUCACUCGAUCAACUACCCAACGCAAAAAAUUAUCGAAUGCAUUGAAGAAUGUGGAUUUGACGCACAGCUACAGCCACAACUAAUGCAAACAUCACGAAUGAAAUUUCCAAACGCAAAUCGACUACUGUCACCAAACGAAUCACAUAUACCGCAAUUACAACAACCACAACAGCCACAACAGCCACAGAAACCACAGAACCAACAACAUACAGUACAAACAGUACAAACAGUGCUUGGAAUCUCAGGAAUGACCUGUGGUGCAUGCUCAAGCUCUUUAAAUCAAGCAUUUGAACAACUAGAAGGAGUUGAAUCAGCAUCGGUAUCCCUUCUUACAGAAGAAGCAUUAGUGCGGCAUAAGGAUUCUGUAACAAAAGAGAUUUUGGAAGAAACUGUUGAGGAUUGUGGUUUCUCAGUCAAAUAUUCAAAAAGGAGUGAGUUUAACUCGGGUUCAAGUAGUAUAAAUGCUAAUGCCAAAGGGAAUGUAAUUGCUCAUGAUGAAGACGAUAGGUCAAGCCUCGAAGAAAUGACACUUUCGAUUAUAGGGGUCAAUCAAUUAAUCGAUCAACAAGAUCUUCGAUACAACAUUGAGGCGUUGAUGACUAGUCUAAACGGUAUCGAGUCGUAUGAUUUGCAAAUACGAGAUGAAGAGAUGCUCGAGUCGUCUUUUCAAGACGAUGCUAUUGCAGCCACUGCUUCUGCGCACGACUUACAAAACUCGUUUGACAAGCUAUCGUUCAUUUAUAAUCCCACGGUGCUCGGUAUUAGGGACAUAGUUGAUGGUCUCAAUGAAAUCAACGAAAAUGUUGAUUUUCUUGUUCUGAAUACGCUAGAUCAAUCAUCGGCAUCGCAGCUCAAGUUGCUUUCCAAGACAAAAGAUAUCCAGUACUGGAGAAAUAUUUUUCUACAAAGUCUCUUGACGGGAAUUCCGGUUUUGGUAUUGGUGCACACGGAAAAUAACGAUUUUUGGAAGAGGCUUGUUUUGUUUAGAGGUCUUUAUUUGGUUUCAUUGGUGGAGCUCAUACUUGCUACUUAUAUACAGUUUCACUUGGGCUCCAAAUUCAUCCAAAAAUUUACUUUGUUCAUAAGGCGAGGUUUCAAAGGUGCAUCAAUGGAUGUUUUGGUGAGUAUUUCUACGCUUGUUUCAUACAUAUUCUCACUUGCCUCGAUUACAUUAAGUGUGUGGCUUGGAAGAUUUGAAAAGCCUCCAAAGGUCUUGUUUGAUACUUUGGUCAUGUUGAUUUCGUUUGUUUCUUUUGGUAAAUUAUUGGAAAACAAAGCUAAAGGUGCAACCUCCACAGCAUUAUCUAGCUUAUUACAAUUGACUCCUUCGACGUGCACAAUUAUAGAAGACACUGCGUUGUACGAGAAUAAUAACAAUUACAACAGCAAUAGCAAAGGUAGCAUCAAAAGUGGUGGUGCUGAUACUGGUACUGGUACUGGUGCUGCUGCUGCUGCUGCUGCUGCUACUGCUCUUGCUGCUAGUGGUGAUGCUAACAAUGAUGCUUACAAUGGAGAGAAGGAUUUUUCACUUUGUACAGGAAAUUACCAAACGCGUAGCAUUUCCAUUGAUUUGGUUCAACCUAAUGAUAUUGCAAUUGUUUUACCCGGAGGCAAAAUUCCAGCCGACGGGUUUAUAGUCUUUGGAGAAACAGAGGUUAACGAAUCCUUUUUAACUGGUGAGACACUUCCCAUAUACAAGACUCGAGGCGAUAGUGUUAUCGGUGGGUCAAUCAACGGUCCACAUUUGAUACACAUCAAAGUGACAAAGACUGGAAACAAGUCGCAAUUGCAGCAAAUAAUCAAGUUGGUUAAGGAUUCCCAAGUCAAUAAGGCACCAGUUCAAAGAUUCUCGGAUGCAAUUGCCGCGAGAUUUGUCCCAACAAUUAUUUUCCUUGCGGUGUCGACUUUUAUAAUAUGGUCAGUGAUUUGCUAUAAUGUUCACCCUGAUGGCUUGCCCAUGAUUUUCCGCAAAUCGGAGAAUGGUAAGCUUUUCAUUUGUUUGCAGCUCGCGAUUUCUGUCAUUGUUGUUGCUUGUCCGUGUGCAUUGGGUUUGGCAGCACCUACUGCAGUGAUGGUAGGUACAGGAGUUGGUGCCUCCAAUGGUGUGUUGAUCAAAGGUGCAGACAUUUUGGAAAAAUCCACCUCGAUAAACAUUUUACUCUUUGACAAAACGGGAACCUUGACAACUGGUGAGAUGUCGAUUGAGAAGGCUUUUUCCAAGUCUUUGGAUUCUUGUAAAUUAUCAGUCAAAGAUUGGUGGACAAUGAUUGGGUCUGUUGAAUGUACCUCUGAGCACCCUGUCGGUCGUGCUUUAACAAAGAAAGCAAGAAUAGAGGCAGGAAUUCAUUUUGACGAUGAUGAUACAUUUGACACAAAGAUCGAAAACGUUAAUGUCAUGAUUGGUACAGGGAUUGAGGCCGAUGUCACAUUGAACUCAGUCAAGUAUAAUGUUAAUGUUGGUAAUGCCAAGCUUUUAAGAGACAAGUUCCCCAAUCUCCUCAAGGAUGUUGAUACUGACAAUGCUCUCCAUAGUGAGACUACCGUGGCUUUUGUUGUUAUAAAUGGUAUUUACACAGGCCAUAUUGAAUUGUCUGAUUCCUUAAAGCAAGGCUCGGUUGAGAUUAUUGACUACUUGCGAAAUGAAGGUUAUAUAAUUGGAAUGGUUACAGGAGACAAUAGAGGGGCUGCGUUAAGAAUUGGUAAAGAAUUGGGGUUGUCAGAGGAGAACAUUUUUUACGAAGUGUCACCAAUACACAAGGACGAAGUCAUUACAAAUAUCAAGGAACGUCUUGGAAAUCAGGAUCAAAACCAGGAUGUGGGUAUAGCAUUCAUUGGGGAUGGUAUCAAUGAUGCACCGGCACUUGCUAGAGCAGAUAUUGGAAUGGCUAUAAGCUCAGGCACGGACAUUGCUAUGGACAGUUCAGAUAUAGUUCUUAUUGGUAGUCGGAAACAUGACCAAACAGAUUUGCAUGGUGUUGUUAAUGCACUCAAGAUUUCGAGUAAGACUUUUUCGAGAAUCAAAUGGAAUUUUAUAUGGGCAAUCGUGUACAAUUUGUUCAUGUUGCCGUUUGCUAUGGGUUGCUUUUUGCCAUUCAACUUGAUGCUUCCACCAGUUGCUGCUAGCAUUGCAAUGAUGUGUAGCUCAUUGAGUGUUGUUUUUAAUUCCUUACUAUUGAAGCGUUGGCAGCCACCACGCAUCAAGGGCAAGAGUAGAAGCUCCCGUGAUUUGGAACUUGGAUCUACUUUUGAUAAUGUUUUUAGCUUGAAAAACGGCACCAAAGAAGAGUUUCUUACGUGUCAACGUAAGGUGACAAGUGGGUAUAGUAUGGGCUUGAAGAAUAUUUUGCUGUGGAUGAAGAAGGUUGGAGGAGGAAAAAGAGGAAGAACGCCGCAACUAAGCAAUGCUUCUUCGUAUGAGUUAGUUGCAAGCGGGAUUUGA